CGGGCUCGGCUUGUUCCCUGCCUGCGCUGCCCAUCUUCCAGAUCUCCCCAUGUUCCGGCAUCUCCUAGCAACCGGCAGAAACUUUCCGCGCUGAGCAGAACUCCGAGCAGCAAGCCUGACACUGUUUUCCCCGGAUAAAUCCCUUGCGCACAUUGUCAGUGACUGAUUAACUCAGAACCUACUGGGCUGUGUUGCUGUCCUGUCCCCAAGACAACUAGCUAACCUCAGAGUGGAAAUCUCGAUACCCGGCUCUUUGGAGUCCAGCCGCCGGAAGAAUCAUGACCCACAGCAUCUCCUUUGCAGAGCUGAUCAACCUGGCCAUUGGGACGCCAGAACUGGGCAAUGUCAACUUCAACGCCCUCCACUUAUUCCUGCACAGCCUCUUGGAUCACCUCCACUUGAAAGACAUGAAGAAGGAAAUCACCGACGAUGAGCUGGACUUCAUCAAGCCCCCCAAAGAUCUUGCCUCGAGCGUGGUGUCCGCCGAAGUCAUGGAGCCGGCCAAGAAAUCCAGCUCUAUCUUCCACCAGCUGCACGACAGGGUUGUGGCGCUCGAGAAGCAGCUGAGUUUCCUGAACGAGGCUCCCUCCACCGCCGAGCUGCUGGCCCGCAGCCAAGGAGCUGCCCAGCCGGCCCAGGACAUGUGGCAGAUUAUGCAGCUGAAGAAGAAGAUGGAAAUGAAUGAGGCCGGGAUGACCAAGGCCAUGAAUACCUUGCAGGAUCUGCUGAACAACAUCUGCACCCUGCAAACAACCACAGAAGGCUUUCAAGGAGAGCUGGGGCAGCUGAAGGAGAACUUCACUAAACUCAACGCUGACGAAUUGAGGGAGCAGCUCACCCGAUUAGAUGAGCAGGCCAGAAAGAUGGACGGGAUCAGGGAGCAAUUGGGGAAGUUGGGCUCCGACUCUUCGGACCUGGUGCACUGGAGCUCCCUCUGCGAGAUGCUCACGGGAAAGAGCUACACCGACUCGGAGAUCUUGGAGAAGUCGUCCCGGGAAGUGCUGGCUACCCUGGGACAGCUGCCCGAGAAGCACGAAGUGCUCCUGGCCCAAAUCACUCAGCUGGAGGAGCAGAUGAAGCGAGCCGGCCUUUGGGGCUUUUCUGGAGAACCACUCGAAAUAGAGACUCUGCUGGAGCGAAUAAAUUUGAUCCAAAGUCAGGCUGAGAAGGAGAAGGAAUCGCUGCAGGGCACCAUGGACCAGAUGCAUAGACUGAGGGAUCAGUGCGAGAAGCUGCAGACGGGGAUGGAGAGGCUGAUGAAGAGCACGUCAGACAUCCAGACCAUGCGCAUCAUGUUGGAGCAGCUGGAUAUCGCAAAGGCAGACAAAGCCAUGAUCCAGGAAGAGAUGAGCGUGAAAGCCGACAAGAGCCAGCUGGAGGCCAAGGCGAACCAGGUGGAGCUGCAAUCAGCCACCGACCAGCUGAGCGAUAUGAUGCAGGACCUGCUGCAGAAGAUGUCCCUGCAGGACAAGGACUGGCAGAAGGCCCUGGAGAAGCUCUUCACCGACAUGGACUGCAAGCUGGACCGCAUGGCCCUGGACCCUCUGAGCCGGCAGCUGGAGCAGGUGUGGCAGGUCAUCAAGAGGUACCUGAGCGAGGGCCCCCGCUUUGACGCAGACAGUGCCGCCGGCUUUAAGAAACAGCUCUUUGAGAGAGUGAAAUGCAUCUCCUGCGACCGGCCAGUGACCAUGAUGACCGGGCCACACAUGGUGACCAAGCGGAAGGGCAGCCUGCGCCCUCGCCCGGCUAGUGCCAGCGGCUAUGAACACCUGGCACGGCUGGAGAGGAAGGACGGGGAGGCAAGUGAGACGAGUACCAACCAGCCCCCGCACACCUGCUGGCAGUGCCAGGCCCAUCACCAAGCAUGCCGCAUCAAGCGCCUCACCAGAUCCCAGGACCUCACCACCAUCUACCCCUAUGCAGACCUGGCAGCCAUCACUUACGACAACACCGAGGUGGACAUCCUUGGCGUCAACGGCGUCCUCUACAAAGGCCGGAUGGGAUCCCAAGCCGUCGAGCGCUCCCUCGCCCUCCAGAGGGAAUUCACAGUCCUGAAGUCCCCCCGGCCCCCCUUGGGGAACAGGAUGGAGAGAGCCCGCUCUGCCUAUGCCGACUUCAGCACCUCCCCCUAUGCAAUGCCUUCUAUCCGAAGGAUAGCACCAGGACGCCAGCAUCAGGUGCAGAUGCAGCAACAGAUCAGCUUCGAGACGGUGGAUCGGACUGUGGCCCCCACCUUCAACCAGAGCUACUUCAAGAACGGUGGAAGGUUGCCAGGCAUGUGAGCUGCGCCAGUGGCUUGCUUGCCCUUUGGGCAGCUCUGCCAGGCAGCUCCUGGCCCUCCCUUGUGUUAAUUGCGGGUGCCCCCUCCCCUGGCAGGUGGGGCUGCGACUCAGGAGUAACUCCAGGGCUGCCCUACUGGGCGUCCCCCCUUCCCUUUGGCUGCCCAACUGAGAGAGGCACC